UUCCUAGCAAUUUCCUAAAUAUACUUUAUUAUAAAAUGAGGUCUUGAUUUUGAAAAAAUACAACACAAUUUUCGGCCAUCCCAUUUUAGAGAGAAGAAAAUUUUAUUUUGUGUUCAAAGUUAUUUUUCUAAUGUGUUAGAAAUAAACACAAAAUAUUAUAAAGAAAUAUUUAUAAGAUAAAUAUUUUUACUAUAUAUUUAUUACUCCCAAAGUAGUAUUAUUAUAGUUUUUACUAUCCUAAAUUAAACUUGCUAGCACAAGUUUAAUCUAGGACUCCGGAGCAAGUUCGUGUGGAUAUGUUGGAGGCUUCAUACGUUUGGCGCUACGUUCAUCUCCUCAAAACCAUCCCCGACUGUUUCUCCCUUCUCCGUUUUCACCGUUAAGCCUUGUUUCCCAACAGACUGCACUCUUGUCCCAUCGAAUGUAGGUGACGCGACGAUGUUACGACUUCAUCACUUUAAUCGUGCAAGUAGAAUGUUACAAGAUACAGUGAAAUUAUCUCACGAGGUGUAUGUGUUGGUCAUUGCUGCGUUUAAGGAUCUUUAUCUUCAGGCAUCAAAAGUUGCUUAUGGAGAAGAGGCAACAAAUGAGGAUAUUUCAAAUCCAAUUGAAAUUGAGCAAGGUUAUAUUGGGGAUCCUUGCGUAGCCAAAAUGAAAGGUCGUUCAAGAGUUGGAAGUACGGGUUCGAAUAACGGUCGCUACAAAGGUGGCUUUGAGCGAGCGAUGGAAAAGGUUCGAAGUUGUCGUGGGUGCGGGGAGAUAGGACACGACAAAAGAAAUUGUGCGACAAAAUCCUCCAAAAAAUUAUAAAGGGUUCAAUUUGACUUUAGUUUUUGAAGUAUGUAGCCCUGCUUUAAGCGUGGUCUCAACUCUUAGAACUAAAAUUGCAGCAGUAACAUUGUCUUUCAGCACUUGUUUUGGAACUGAAAUUGUAGCAGUAACAUACUGCCUUUAGUGUAUUCUUAAGUUUUCUAUGG